AUGGGAUGCUCCUGCUCCAAGCUCGACAGUUUACCGGCCGUCUCUCUAUGCCGUGACCGCUGCAACUCACUUGAGGAGACACUCCGCCGUAGCUACGCACUAGCCGACGCUCACUCCGCUUAUCUUCUCUCAUUAAACACCGUCGGUCAAUCUCUUCAUAUAUUCUUCGAUCAAGCCGUCGAGUCUCCGCCGGAUGUUGACACCGAAGUCGAAAAAUCGCCGGAUACAUCUUCCCCGGAAUCAUCUUCCUCACCUCGCUCCGUCAGCAGCUCCGAUUCCGAUUUGCCUCCCAAAUUCGACUCGGAUUGUGAGGAAGAUGGAGACGCUAGUAAGAGUUGCGAUCUCUUAAGAUGUCCAACACUCGAAGACCUAAACCCCAAGGAGCCUCCGGAAUCGGUUUUCUACUCCCGAGUUUACGAAUCCGGUGCUGGAUCUCCGCCGCCGCCGCCGCCUCCGACUACUUACGCUUGGGAUUUUAUCAAUUUCUUCGAGAGUUAUGAGAUUCCGUACACUGCAAAUGCUAACGAUUUGAAGGAUAUAGCCGAAGAAGAUAAAGCGACGAAGGAGACUCAGAAGAAGAAGGUUCCUAUUUGCCAAAUAAAGGAGAAAGUUAAAGGUGAACAAGAGAGAAAACAUCUGAAAAUCUCAGACAAGAAGAAAAAUGAAACGGAGAAAAAUCGGAAGAAGAGUGCUCCGAGAGAAUCUAAGGAUCAAAAGGUUUCACUGGAUUUAUCAGAAGUGACAAAGCAAUUGCAGGAAAUGUUCAAGAAAGCUUCAGAAGCAGGGAACGAUGUCUCGAAGAUGUUCGACAGUUCGAGAUUUAGAUAUUACCAGAAAAGCUCUGUUUAUCAAGCUUCUUCAAACAAUCUCUACGCAAAGAAGAUGACUCCUUUGGAUCCCAAACCAGUGGAAGAUUUCGGAAAUAAUUUCAGUAAUCUUUCAUCUACUCUAAAGAAACUGUUCAUGUGGGAGAAGAAACUGUACCAAGAAGUUAAGGCAGAAGAGAAACUCCGCACAUCUCACAUGAAGAGUUACAAACAAUUGAGGAGAUUGGAACAGAAAAAUGCGGAUCUUAGCAAGAUCGAAGCCGUUCGCUCUACGAUUCAGUGUUUGUCUACGAGAAUGAGAGUCUCUAUCCAUAAGAUAGACAACAUUUGUCUAACCAUAAACAAGUUACGCGAUGAAGAACUCUGGUCCAAGAUGAAAGAACUAAUCCAUAGGCUGUCUGAGAUGUGGAGCUCUAUGCUAGAAUGUCACAGUAGACAAUCAAGAGUAGUCGCAGAGGCUAAGAAGCUUGAUAAGAUGACAUUAAAGGGAAACCUAGACAUAUCUCAGCUUGAGCUUGCCAUGGAGUUGAAACUGGAGUUGAGGAAAUGGAGCCAAAGCUUAUCGAACUGGAUAGAAGCUCAGGGUCAAUACGUUAAGGCCUUGAACAUUUGGCUAAUGCGAUGUCUGAAGCAUGAACCUCAAGAACCAACACCAGAUCUCUCAGAAGAGCCACCAUUGUUUGGUGCUAUUAACAGUUGGUCACAAAACCUUGAGAGAUCAGACGGAGAGAAGGAGUUUACGGAAGCGGUUUACGCGUUCGUGAUGCGUGUAAACUGUCAGGUGGAGAAACAGAGAAUGGCAUUGGAAGAGAAGAUGAAUGUUAAUGGGGACGCAAAGGAUAUAGAGAGGAAACUUGUGAUGUUAGAGAAGGAAGAACAGAAGUUGCAGAGGAAGAUGAAGGCAGUACCAUGUGUUGAAUCAAUGGGGAGUUUAAAUCUGAAGUGUAACAUGGAACAGAUUUUCAAAUCUAUGGAGAAAUUAGCCACAGGCUCGAAGCAGGCUUAUGAUGAACUUGACUUGAUGUGCACGUGA